AUGUGCCCUGCAGAGAACAGGUUGGCGUUCUCUGUGUAUAUGCUCACGGGGGAGGCAGAGCAUUGGUGGAGCAGCACCCGAUCUAUCCUGGAGGAGAGGGAUGAGCCAGUGACGUGGGAAACUUUCAGGGAUAGAUUCCUCUCCGAGUACUUCCCGGACAGCAUCCGAUACGCUAAGGAGGUGGAGUUCCUCCAGUUGACCCAGGGAGGGAAGACUGUUACUGAGUAUGCUGAGAGGUUCAAACACCUCAGCCGCUUCUACACCCUACCACUCGAUGAGGAGUGGCGAUGCAGGAAGUUCGAGAAUGGGCUUCGCGGUGACAUUCGUUUGAUGGGCUACCGCAGAUGCAACAACUGUGGCAAGGAGGGCCACUUUGGGAAGGAUUGUCCCACCCUUGCUAGGGCAGCAGCACGCCUUCCAGUUCAGACUCCUCACCAGCAUCAGCGGAGAGAUAGAGGCAACAGGCCUCAGGCGACAGGCAGAGUUUAUGCCAUGACCGGAGCUGAGGCUGCAGGUUCAGGGGAUUGCAGUAGACCCGGCAAAGGUCGAGGCAAUGGUAAAGUGGGAGAGUCCGAAGUCAGCCACAGAGAUCAGGAGCUUCGUGGGACUAGCGGGCUACUAUAG